CGCCCCUAAGGUUUAGGUAUUCAUAUGCAUUGUUGUAUUCCUUCCUUUGUUCCUUCCAUGUUUCUCUGCAAGGUGUGAGCAUAUGAACGCCACAUCUGCAAUGGAAAACUUAACCCUGGCCACCAAUCAUUCAGAAUGUUACUCGGCUGAUAGCUCAUCCAGGAGGAAGCCGUUUCUAUUUUUCUACCUGGCCAUCAUCGUCACUGCCAUCCCAUCCAACGUCUUCUCCCUCUACGUGUCCUGGCAGCACAUUAGACAGAAGAACGAGCUGGGUGUGUAUCUGUUCAACCUGGCCCUGAGUGACCUGACCUUUACCAUCGUCCUCUCUCUGUGGCUGCACUUUCUGUGGACAGGUGUUUGGGCCCACGGUGGCUACGUUUGUGUGCUAUCUGUCUACUUUCUCUUCACUAACUUUUACACCAGCGAUGCUCUCCUCUGCUGCAUUGCUGUUGACCGCUACCUGGCAGUGGUUCACCCAUUAAAGUACACUUUCUUGAGGAAAGUUGGCACUGCAGCAGUAAUCAGCGCUUCCAUUUGGGUGUUGGUGGUCUGUUUCAAUGCCACCACCAUCACCUGGGAGGACUCAUACCAUGAAAACAACAAGUCUUCGGUGUGUUUUGAUAUCUUCGUCCCACUGUCAGAAACCUUGGCUCGGGCUAAUAUAGCACGUUUCUUCCUGGGCUUUAUUGUUCCCAUUCUCCUGCUGAUGUUUUCCACCUGGGGGAUCUGUGAGGCAGUGAAAUCCAACCAGGCCACAGAGGAACAGGAACGUAAACGGAUUUCAAAGCUGCUGACAGUUGUCCUGCUCUGCCUUUUGUUCUGCUUCGGACCUAUUCACGUCCUUAUGCUUCUCCGCACACUAGUGGAUGACUGCAGGAAUGUUGCGUGGCUUCUCUAUCCGUACAAGAUCAGCACAGCUAUCUCGAGCCUGAACUGCCUUGCAGACCCUCUCCUUUACUGCUUCAUUACUAGAACGGGGAAGGCAAAUGUCAAUCAGGUUGUUCUCUUCUUCCAGGUUAAGAAGAGAAGCAAAGAUGAUGGUGUGGUGUAGGUUAAAUAAAGCACAAGACAGUUAUACAUUAAACAGAGGAGAAUAGUCAAUAAUAAAAAGUUUACACAAUUGCAGAAACUGUUUCAAAAAUGAUGUCAGCUGUAGGUCUAUUUAAAUAAAUGUAGAUCUAUGUAUAUUCUAUAUUCUAUAUAAAAGACCCAAAACAAAAAUGGGUUAGUCUGUCUCUCAGAGCUUUCUGAUACCUUGUCUGUGGCACUCUGCUCCAAGCCCAUACAUUUCUAAUGAACACAUGAAUCUUUAAAUUACUCUGCUUUGAAUAAUAAUUUUUCCACAAAAAAAGUGAAGUUACCCCCUUUAAAAUGUAAAGAUUACAUCCUCACCUUCUCCCUCAUUGAGAAAUCCAACAUCUGUUAAAAAUGCAAAUAUUUUUUAAACUGCUUGAUACAAGUCUCCUAUAUUUUCACAGUAGGUCAAAUGUUCUCAGUAUUGUGUAUCUCACUUGUGUAAGUUGCAUAUUGGGUCUUAAUUGGCUACCAAAAUAGGCUUCAAAGUUGAUCAUUCCCAAUUGCAGAUCUGUGUUACCAUUAUUAUGUCUGCCCACCCCCUUGUUUAAAAUGACAGUUUGCUUUGCUUGUACUGCACAUCUCUGCUAUCAAGGUACUUUAAUAACAUCAGCAUAUACCCUUUAUCAGCAGUGACUCAUGGAGAACAGCUGUUCCAUGGUGGAGUAUUUAACACCACCAUUGUGAAACCUCCCCCAGACAAGUCCAAAGAAAAUAAAGGGAUUUAAAUGCAAAGGUGAUGCCAUGCAUCAUUUAAAUAAUGUGUGAUUAGGAAAAUAAUAUUUGACUGUGGUUUCAGUUCAGCUUUUUUUGACACACUAUUUGUAUUUUUGGUCAGAUAUUAUGAAUGUAUUUGCAUUUAACAUACACAUUUUAUUUGUUCCUUUAUUCCAUCACAAAACAUGGUACAUAUGUGUUACAUGUGUUAUGUGUAGUUAAGAUAAAUAACUACCAUCACAUUAUGAUCUAAAAUGCUGUGAAUUAGAAAAUAAAGAAGAGCUCAAGAAUAAUUUCAGUAAUGACAGCUUGCAAAUUUUCAAAUGCCAUAGUCCAGUCUGUGGGUACCUCAUGUUAAAAUGAAACUGUGUAUGUUUGUUAGGGGUUUUUGUAAGGAAAAUGUUAUUUUAAAUUCUUGUCAUGGGCACAAACUGCUCAUGAUAUCAACAAAUAGAAUUUCCUGCAUUCCUGAGGAAAAAUAAAAGUCAUAAGAAGGAUUGUUUCUGAUUCCGGUGAUUAUCCCACAAAGUACUAUUAUUUUAAAAUGAAAAGUUAGCCAAUAAAAUCUUGCAUGUAUAAAAGUCUGUUAACAGACAUAAAAAUGUACACAAGUAUGUAUUUGAAAACAGUUCAGAAUAUGUUUAAGUUUUUUUAUCUUUAGGAUGUGUCUAAGGUGUGGCAUUGAGAUAAACGUGGAUGUAUAAGGCUGUCUAGUGGACAAUUAUGGAAGUGCAGCAAGCUGUCCACACUACACUUGAAAUAUUCAGAUAAAAAUUUCUUAUGUGUUGCCUUUGCACAAAAUGUUUCAUUACAUAAACUGUACUAUUUUAUUAUAGCAAUUA